CCAAACGCAACAUCCUUCCCUCCCUAGCUAGCUAACGUCCCCCACACCCCACACUAUUAUUAUUAUUAUCACAAAGAAACAAAGCACUGAAUGCUUAGAGAGAGAGAGAGAGUUCUAGACAGAUAAAGACAAGGAUUUUUAGAGAGUGGAAUUCAUGGAAAUUGGGUCAGAGAAGGAGAAGAUGGGAUUCGAGGAAACUGAGCUGAGGCUAGGGUUGCCAGGAAAUGGAGGAAGUACUGAAGGAGAGGUGGCGAGGAAGAGAGGUUUCUCUGAGACUGAGGCUACAACUAUGGAUUUGAAGCUUAAACUUUCUUCCAAGGACGCGGGGAUGGAUCUGAAUGAGAAGGCGAAGACCCUAAAGAAGGAGAAGAACCUUCUCACCGCUGAUACAGCCAAGCAUCAUGCUAAGGCACAAGUGGUGGGUUGGCCACCAGUCCGAUCCUUCAGAAAGAAUAUGCUAGCUGUCCAAAAGGGCAGCUCCGAAGAGAGUGACAACAAGGCGAGUGGCAAUAUUGCUGCCUUUGUGAAGGUUAGCAUGGAUGGUGCACCUUAUCUUCGUAAGGUAGACUUAAAGACGUACCAAAGUUACAAAGAGCUCUCGGUUGCCUUAGGAAAAAUGUUCAGUUCCUUCACUAUAGUGCCCAAUAAUUUAAUAUGGUUCUUCAAUAUUGAAACUGGUAAUUGUGGAUCCCAAGGAAUGAAGGAUUUCAUGAAUGAGAGCAAGUUGAUGGAUGUUUUGAACAGCUCUGAUUACGUUCCAACGUAUGAGGACAAGGUCGGUGACUGGAUGCUCGUUGGUGAUGUCCCAUGGGAGAUGUUUGUUGAUUCAUGCAACCGUUUGCGCAUCAUGAAGGGAAAGGAGGCGAUUGGACUCGCGCCCAGAGCCAUGGAGAAAUGCAUGAGGAACAGAAGCUAAACUAGUAAGCUCCACAACGCCUUCUCCUUUGAUCUGGUCGCAAUGAUUAUGAGUGCAAAUUAAAACCAAAUCAACGGUACCCAAAAGCGCGCAGAUGGAUUGAGCAGGAUGCAUGGGGAGUGAUGUUUUCUGUAUGGUUUGAUAUAUAAUUAAGUAUUAGUGUGAGAUAUCAUGAUCAUGAUCUAUAUUUAUUCAUAUAUUUGAGUAUAUGUCGUGGACAAAAACCAUAACAGCUAGCUCUUAUCUAUGUUCCAAUUAAGAGACU